AUGAUCUCCCCGGAGCUGCCGCCGCCGCCGCCGCCGCCGCAGCCCAACCAUGUCGUGGCCACCAUCGAGAACCUGCCGCCGGAGGGUAGCGGUCCGGCGGGCGGCAGGAGCGCCAUCUCCGCCCCCUCGCCUUCCAGCGUGCGCCAGAGGAUCCGAAAAGUCUUUAACAGGGAGCUUCUGCUGUCUAUAGCUCUUGGACAGGUUCUGUCCCUGCUUAUUUGUGGUAUUGGCUUGACUAGCAAGUAUUUGUCGGAGGAUUUUCAUGCCAACACUCCAGUCUUUCAGAGCUUCCUCAACUACAUUCUCCUAUUUUUGGUUUAUACCACAACAUUAGCUGUUAGACAAGGAGAAGAAAACUUACUGGCAAUCUUGAAACGAAGAUGGUGGAAGUACAUGAUCCUUGGAAUAAUAGAUAUAGAAGCAAAUUACCUGGUAGUUAAAGCUUAUCAAUAUACCACUCUUACUAGUGUACAGCUUCUAGAUUGUUUUGUCAUACCAGUUGUGAUAUUACUUUCUUGGUUCUUCCUCCUGGUGCGGUACAAGGCAGUGCAUUUCAUCGGCAUUGUGGUCUGCAUUUUGGGAAUGGGCUGUAUGGCAGGAGCAGAUGUCCUUGUUGGAAGACAGCUAGGAGCAGGAGAAAAUAAGCUAAUAGGGGACCUUCUCGUGCUAGGUGGAGCCACCCUGUAUGGCAUCUCCAAUGUUUGUGAAGAGUACAUUGUACGGAACCUGAGUCGGGUGGAGUUUCUAGGCAUGAUUGGACUCUUUGGUUCCUUCUUCAGUGGAAUUCAGCUUGCCAUAAUGGAACACAAGGAGUUGUUAAAAGUUCCCUGGGAUUGGCAAAUUGGGUUGCUGUAUGUUGGCUUUAGUGCCUGUAUGUUUGGCCUCUACAGCUUCAUGCCUGUGGUCAUUAAGAAAACCAGCGCUACAGCAGUCAACCUCUCCCUGCUUACAGCAGACCUGUACAGCCUUUUCUGUGGAUUGUUCCUCUUCCACUACAAGUUUUCAGGACUUUAUCUUCUGUCAUUCUUUACCAUCCUUGUUGGGCUGGUGCUGUACCUCUCCACGUCCACAUAUGUUGCCCAAGAUCCAAGAGUGUACAAGCAGUUCCGAAACCCAUCAGGACCUGUUGUAGACUUGCCAGCCACUGGGCAGCUGGAACCUUCAGUAACAUACACCAGCCUCGGCCAGGAAAUGGAAGAAGAACCUCAUGUCCGAGUUGCCUAA